CAACGUAGUUGGGUUUAGUUUACUUUUUGACGGCAACGCAGGUUGAUGCGGGAGCGGGUAUUAAAGCAGACGCGAUUCGAAACGUAAACGGACCGCGUUAUAAAAAUAUACACCAACAACAACAUAGGUUCAGUGUUUGUCUUUAGUUUUAUAGCGCGCGCGACGCGUCAGGUAGUUUUCACAGCGAUAUAUAUAUAUAUAUAUGUAUUUUUUGUAUUUCGCCUCACGGGCGAUUUUAUGGCUGACAAAACCGUCGAGCGUGUAAAGGUUGUUAGCAGCAGCGCGCUGUGUACUGUAUUCUGCGUGAAAAGUGCUAGUGCCAGAGAUUCAGUGUUUACCCGCGCCGGGAUUACUCAUCGCAUCAUCCAUCUCAAUCGAGCGACGACCAACGCCAGCAACUCCACUUUGGUGGUUUCUCCGCUGGCUUUACAGGCACAACUUUACAAAGUCCCGAAACCAGUAUCUCAGCCAAUGUAUCUGUAAGAUACGAGAGAGGCAGGCCAGGCCACAUAUUGGAAUUUACUUAACACGUAUGCAACGCACCAACACCGACAGCAGCACACCGCAUCUUGGAUCGUCGUCUAUUGGAUUUUGGACACUACUCACGCACAUCCCAGGAUUUUUCCUGACAUUCCGUUCCCGAUGAUGAUGUCGGUCGCCGCCGGUACACGGAGCAGCGCCUAAAUUUAUUGGCCAACACACUCGUCUAACCCCAGAGAGGUUGGAGGCGCCGCCCCUCUUCACCGCCGGCACCAUGGACGCCAAGAAGCUGCAGCAACUGCAGGAGGCGGCGAUUCUCGCCCAGCAGCAGAAGAAGCUGCCGCUGGCCUACCAGACGAAUCUCGUUGACUACCGAACGGCGGCUUACAGUCAGGCACUUUACCAGCAGUCGCCCACGGCCACGAGCUCUAGUGGCGGAGGAGCGCUCUCGCCAAUCGAGCUGCAGCCGCAGUCCAAGCACCAUGGCCUGAUGAAGCACGGACACGGAGGUGGAGGCACCUCGAGCAGUUCUCACAGCUCGCCUUACCACCAGUCGUACUCCAGCAGUGGCGGUGGGACAGCCGCUGGCCAGGAUCAGCUCUACCAAUCGCCCACGGAGCGCACCUAUCUGGCGGCGGCGGGCAGGUUGCAGGCCAGUAAUGCCACCGCAGGCCAUCAUCCUAUCUCCGCCCUGCAGGCGCAGUACCAGCAGCUGCAGGCGGCCAAGAUGCAGGCUCAGAUCGCCACCCAGAACGAGGCGGCCCAGGCGCAGCAGCGGACCUUUGCCAUGCGACAGGCCAUGAAUCCGCCCACCAAUCAUUAUCACAUAAGCCAGUCCCCCAGCAUGGUGUCCACGCUGACGCAACAGCAGCAGCAACAGCAGCAGGCGCAGCAGCAACAGAGGGCUCCUCCCUCGUCGCUCAAUUUGCAGAAUCAAUACCAACCGGCUCAGGGUCCGCUGAAGCUGCAACAGCAACAGCAGCAGCAGCCGGUGAUGCCCAAGCACUAUCAGGAGCAGCUGUACGCCCAACAGCAGCAACUGCAGCAGCAACAGCAGCAGUUGCUACAACAACAGCAGCAGCAUCGCCACAAGACCGACCUGCAGACACCUGGCAGUGAGCACGGCACCGUUUACAUCCAACAAAACCAUCCAGGACAUGUGGUGAACCAGGCAUGCCAGACCCAGAUAUCGACUGUUAAGCCCAAGGCCACGCCCAGCUCGGAGGAGUCCUCGACCAACUCGGCCAAGAGUCCUUCGCACGCGCCUCUGGACAGGAAGAAGAGCGCGGGCUCCAUACAGGCUCUUAAGUCGCCGAUAACCAAGAGGCCACCAUCCACGCCAGUUACCCUGUCAGGUUGGCUGCAUAAGCAGGGUUCCGAUGGUCUGAAGGUGUGGCGUAAGAGGUGGUUCGUCCUGGCCGAGUACUGCCUGUACUACUACAAAGGUCCCGAGGAGGAGAAGCUGCUGGGAUCCGUGCUGCUGCCCUCGUAUCGCGUAUCUGCCUGCUUGCCCGAGGACAAGAUCUACCGCAAGUUUGCCUUCAAGUGCGAGCACCAGAACAUGCGAACCUACUGGCUGGCGGCAGACAAUUCCGAGGCCAUGAUGCAGUGGGUCAGGGCCUUGGCGGCGGCCAGCUUGAUGCAGGCACCCAGCAGCGGAGAGUCAGAGCCCAGUGUGAACUCUUCGUUAAAUCACAGCGGUGAGAACUCGGAUUCCGGGAUUCAUACGUUACAAUCGCAGCCCAGCAAGGGACAGCCCACACCCUCCUCGGAUAAUGCGGGUGGAGGAGGCAACGCUGGCAACGGAGGAGGUGGCGCCCAGCCGCUCUAUGCCAAUGCCCCGCCCAAGCCAAGACGCAUCAAUGAUGGAGGCUACUCCUCGCCCUCGCCCGAGCACCACGAGCAGCAGCAGCAACAGCACUCCGGUCGCCGCUUGAUGUCGCCAACCCAGCAACUCUACCAGCAGCAGCAACAAAACCAACGAUCUCAGCAGCAGCAACAGCAGCCGCAGCAGCACCAUGCCAUCUACGAUACACGGACGGGACACGUGUCCACCGCCUUGCAGUUGCAGCAGGCCCAGCAGCAAUACUCACUAGACCAUCUGGAGGCGCAGUUUCAGCAACAGCAGCUGGACAUGGAGGCGCAGAUAGCCAGGCUUCAGCAGCAGCGGGCUGCCGAGGAGAUCUACGGCGAGCGGGAGAUGUACAUGGCCAAGCUGAUGCAGCAGCGUCAGGGAGCAGGCGGUGUCUAUCCCACCCAGCAGCAGCUUCUGCAGGCGGAGCGACGCACUCCGGAUGCCUAUGGGCGGUCCAAGCAGCAGCGCCUGUUCGCAGCAGCAGCCGCUGCAGCGGAUUACGAGGAUAUCUACAACAUGUCACAACUGGCAGGAGGAGGAGCAGGUGGGGCUAUGUCCGCCCAGGAGGCACUGCUUCAGGAGGCGGCCAGCUAUCGGCGUCCGCUCAGCCCGCCCAGCUAUGAUGGCAGCAAGCAUGUGCCGGCUAUGCCGCAACGCUACACGCCCAAUCACAUGGAGGCCAGCGCCGCUGAUCAACUAAUCAAUACCAUGGACUUGCGUGCCCGCUCCGUGGCGGCCAUAGUGCGUCCGCACUCCGCGGACUUCCUGGAGUAUGAGGCGCGUGCCGAGGCUGCUGCAGCCGCUGCCGCCGCGGCGGUGGCUCAGAGCCAACAGGAAAGUGGCCGGGCCCCCAGGCCCAAGUCCAGUCUGGACAUCAACCGAACGCCGGACAGCUUCUACUACUCGGAGGCCAGCUACGCGGACAAGAUGCGCAAGAGCGCUUUGUAUCUGCAGAGCGGCGGAGCGGGCGCUGCCCAGCCGCAGCAGGCGGGCAGCUACCGCACUGCCGUCGGAGACUUUAACUCCGGGGUAAACACCAUUGGCUAUGAGAAUCCCUACGAGCGGGCCUACAAGCGGCAGGAACUGCUGGCCGAAGCGCAGGCUCAGGGCGGAGUGGCCAGCAGCAUGCCACGCAUGAGCCGCUCUGCUAGCCAAGGACGCUCGGUAACCUCGCAACUGCAGUCGCCGCAGCAGGAGGACCUGCCGCCCCUGAACGUGCAUCCGGGCUCCAUCUUCCCGCCAUCGAUGUCCACGCAAGAGAUCAUUAGCAAGAACGAGCAGUUCCUUCGUUCCGCCAGCGCCCGGCUGCCCAAGCGAUCGGGUGGCAUGGAUGACGACUACUCCGCAGGCAACUCCACCACCACCUCGCCCACUGGAGCGUCCAAUUCGCCGCAGCACAACCAGGACGGAGAGCGGAAGCGCGAGGAGUCCAUGAAGCGGUUGCUCGAGUGGAAGCAGCGCAUGCUGCAGUCGCCGCUGACGCGAAAGGGCAUCCAGCAGGGCGGCAGCAACAUGUCAGCCAUGUCGAAGCUGGGCAGCAAUCCGAACAUCCUGCUGGCAUCCACAGCCGUGGCCAGCGGAGCGCGCUAUGGCCCCCAGGCGGGCAAAACGGGUCUGGUGGGUAAUGGCAAUGGAAAUGGCAAUGGCAAUGCCUCCGGAGCUGGCAACCCGCCGUCAGCUGGUGGCAUCCAGCGUUCCCGAUCGGAGAGCCAGGCCAAUGUGGGUCCUGGCGGAGUGGUGUACAACAGCUACUCCUCGGACGAUGAGGCUGGCACUGUGGAUGAUGAUGAUAACUUGUAUAAAGCGGCGGCAGGAAGGUCACCAUCUAAAGCAGCAACAACAACAGCAAUAGGUACAACAAUAACAGCAACAGCAACCGUAGCAAUAGCAACAACAGCAGCAAUAGAAACCCUUAGCAACUUAGAGAGACCCAAGCCCACACCCACCACGACGACAGGGACAACAGGCAUAGGCAUAGUCACAGGCAGUGCCAAAUUCCAACUAAAGCCCAUUUUGAAAGUGCACGAGGCCAGCAAGACCCGCAUUAUUCAGGUGCAGCCCAAACAGCCAGAGGAGGAGCGGCCCAAGCUCAAAUUACACCUGCCCCAGACAAAUGAGGUGGCCAAAGGAGCUUCAGAUGAGCAGGAAAGUGAACAGCAGGCGGAGCUGGCAGAGCAUCCCCUGCCCAUUCUGCCAAAGAAGGCGGCCCCCAAGUCGCCGCAGAAUGCCAAUUAUGUGCCCGUGUACAGCAAUAAGCUGGUCAGCAACUACGAGAACAUGGAGUUUGGCAAGCCAAUCCCCGAAAGCAAGUCCCCCGACAGCAGUGCAGCGAUUACGGAUCCCGAGGAGACGCCCAUGCUGAUGCAGCUCAAGUUGUUCAAAGAGCAGCAGCGGCAGCAGCGCGAAGAGAGUGGAGUGGAGCAGCAGCAGCUGGAGGAGGACCUGACACCCACGGCGGAAAGCAAGCCGAUGCCUGGGGAGGAUUUCAAUAAAAAAGAGGAACAUGGUAGAGAGUCCGACGGGGAAGAGGAGGACGAGGACGAGGACGAUAGCACUGCAUGUGAGGAGUAUACAGAUGAUGAUAUAGACGAGGCUCUAGCUCAGGAUGAUGAUGACGGGGCAACAAAAGCAGAUGAAAUGGAGCUGCGAGAGCAGGAGCAGAAGGAGGAAAGGGAACUGCAACAGAUAUAUGUGAAUGAACCCAUCACUCCUACCGAACAACAGUUCGACGAGAGUCACUAUCUGCCCAUGACGCCCAAGAAGGCGGAACUAGGCCAGCCAGGUGUCCUGACACUGGUGUCCACCCACGAAAGCUAUGAGGAAGAGGAGAACCACUACGUUGAAAUGACCAAGGGAAUCCAAGACGAGGACAGCAAGGGCAACUACGAGAUCAUGUGCCUGGCAAGCACUAGCUCCAGCGCCUUUAAGUUUAGCGCCAAAACGGAACCGGUGUAUAUGGAGUUAGCUGGCGUCAAGGCCGCCCCACCACCACCGCCGCCGACGGAAGAGGCUCACUGUUCCUCAGGUCGGUCCACCCUUAAGAAAGGCAAGAAAUCUGGAUCAGAGUCCUUGAAGAAGAAAACGAAAAAGCGGCAGGGGAAGGACAUGCCGGACAUUCUCAAGCCCGCCAAGAGUGCCCUGGCUUUGGCCAGCGAUAGCUCGGAUGCCGAUGACGAGAGCAGUCGGCAGCAACUGGAGGCGAAGAAACUGCGCUCCAGAUCACGAUUCAGCCUCUCGGACACUUUCAGGCCCGCCUCGUACUACUUGGGGGCUUCCACGCCUCUCAACAACUACGCUGAGAGCUCGGACAGCGAGAUACUGCCACCACCGCCAAUACCCGACUCACCUCCGCCCAUGGAGGAGCUCAAGACGGAGGAGAUCUUCUCCUCGGAGCACUAUGAUACGGUUAAGAGGAGGGAUAGCCAAAGCAAGGUCACCCUAUCGUACGAGCAGCUGCCCAAGAUGCAUGCCAGCAACACUUCCCUGAACCUGCCCAAGGCAGUCCCAAGUCCCACUCUGAAGAGCAGUCGCCUCUCGCUGCCCGAUCACUUCACCAAGGUGAGAGCUACUCCCCCCCAGAGACUGCAGGUGGUAGCAACGCCGUCGCAGCAGCACCAUGCCCGCACCUUGUCGGACUCCAAUUACAGCUGCCAGCUGACGGACAACAGUGGCUCCCGCACCUCCUCCGACCUGGACCUGUACCGCCGGCGAGGACAGCAACAGCGCUGCACCAGCAACAACUCUUUGCCCCUCAGCAGCGAGAGCGAGUCCGUGGAGUUCCGGCAGAGAUCCGACUCGGAGUUGGAUCGCCAGCGAUCGAGGAGACCGCUGUCCCAGGAGUCCAUCAGCGAGAUCGAGUCACUGAGUGAGCAGUUCGAGGAGACGCUGAGCAGCCACGAGCUGGACACCUACCUGAGUCACCUGCACCUGCCCACCGGUCAGGCCACGCCCACCAGUCACCACCUGCUGAACGAUGCCAAUGCAGCGGCGGGAGCCGAUAUCCUGACUAAUCUUAUCAAGCCGCCGAAGACGUUCCGCAACGCCGAAGACGAGGAGCAGCACUUUUAUGGAAACAUACACUUUCUUUCCUCCACGGACUCCAUCCAGCAGCUGGGCGAGGGGGCUGCAGCUGCCCUGAUGGUCAUGCAUAGUAGGAACAACAGCAAUAUAUCCACGCAAUCGGCGCCGUACUAUUACUCGGAGCUACCGACAGCGGCAGCAACUCUGAAUAAUCAGCGGGAGAUCCACGCCCAUGGACUGAACAUUGCGCACAUCCACAACCCCAUCAACCGGCAGCAGCAGUUCGAUGUGGACGCGUUGGUGGACAAGGAUCAGGCCAUCGACAGCAAGAACCUGUACUGCGUGAAGGACAACAACGAGAAGCUGAGCAACAAGCUGAACAACCUGAAGCUGAAGCUGGAGGCGGCGGAGCCACCGGAAAGUGGCGGUAGUGGUGCACUAAACCCAUCACAUUCAUAUCUCACAACUACUAAAAACACAAACCUCGCUCGUAAGACGAUUGGUGGGAGCAUCCCGUUGGAUGGUGGAAGUGGCGGAGCCCCUAACAACGAUGGUGCUGGUGAAGAUGCUGGUGCCGAGGCCGGAGGCAAGACUCAGAUCCCGUCGAAUAAUGCCAAUCCCAACCUCUCAGUUCUAGGUGGCGAGUUGCUCUGGGAGGAGGAUGCCCUCUGGCGGGAGAGCUUGCGUAGGGUAUCCCAGAGGCAUGCGCGCUCCCUGGACGACCUGGACAGGAUUGCCACGGGUACGGUCUCCAGCUCCACGCCCAAGGUUAAGCUUACCAGGGAGGUGACCUAUGUCAAUGACAGCCUGAAGCCACGGCAACAACAGCACCUGCAGCCACAGCCACAACCUCAAAUCAACGACGAGCACGACGUCUAUGUGCAACUGCUGGACAACUCCGCCCUCGGCCAGGACCAGACGGACUCGGAUGUGUACGAGGUGCUGCGAGAGGAGACUGCCUCUAAUUUGUCGCACAAAUCCAAUGAGCUGGAUCGCGAGACCAUUCGCCAGUGGGAUGCCAUGUCCAGCGGCCUAAUGAAGAGUCACCACAGCAACACGGAGGCCACGGGGACGCCCAGCUCAGGAGCAGCUGUCGCCCAUCUGCCCCUCACCAGCAAUGUGCGCUCCAUCAUUCAGCAACUGAAUAGCAGCGGCGACGACGCCAAUGGCAAUCCCAUGCUUGUAGCCUCGAUUUCCGUGCGCAAUGUGAACAAUCUGCCCAUGGGCAAUCUGACGGUGAAGCCGGAUCCUUCGGAUGCCCUGCACCAGGAGUCCGCCUUUGCCCCUUACUACGGAGGAGCAACCGAGACGAAGUAUGCCAAGAAUACAGUGCUCACAGAUCGCGGACUCUACGCUGGCAACGGCGUCCAACUGGCCACCUCAACGCCACAGCAUCAGCAGCAGCAGUUCCGGAUGCGACGCACUGGCAGCAGGGCGGAGAUCGAUAUGUUGGAGCGGGAGACUAGCAGCCAGAUAAGGAACCGCUUGCGCAGUGCCGAGGGAUUGACUAGAGCCGAGAGCAUUCAGAGAUUGGAUUACUUGAAGCAACACCUCCUCGACCUGGAACGGCACUAUGAGAAGAGCAAGCCGUUGGUCAACCUGGUGGAUAACAUGGUCAAGCUGGGUUCAUUGUAUCGCAACGAUGCCAACGGCCGAGUCCAGCCCGUUACCAUAGAGCGCUUGGAGUUCAAUCAGCGCAUGCAGGAGCGGCAUAUGCUGCAGGAGGAGCAGCAGCAGUGGGAGCGCCUGAGUCCCAAUCAGGCGGAGCUGCAGGCCAAGGUCCGUGAGCUGUAUCAACUGGAUCAGUUGCUGCAGGAGGAGUCUGGCACUUUGCAGAGUCUCCAGCGUGACAAGGAGGACCUCGAGCGAGCUCUGGGUGGACUGAGAGCCCGCAUCCAUGACAGCAAUGCCACCCCGAUGGCCCUGGAGGCGGCCAAGAAGCAGCAGCACAUCCUGGAGCGCGAACUGUCGCGGGUCCACCAGCUGCUGGCCGAGAACUCAAAGAAACUGGAGCAGACAGUGGCGGGCAACGCACACCUGGAGCAGGAGCUUUUGCUCCUCCGCCAGAAGGUGCAGGCCAGCCGAGGAGACGCCGCCAAUGGAAUGGGUAGCGAUGCCGCUCACAUCAAUGGAGACCAGACCGCCGCCGUCUUGCAGUCGGAAUUGGAGAGAGUCCAAUCUCUGGUGGGAGACAUGCAGAGGCAGCGCCACGAACUUAGCUCGGCGGUUCGCCAGCUCACGGAAAACUCGACCAGGUUGUACCAGGAGAUUGGAAAUAAGGAGAUGAAUGGCGGUGGCUCCACCAAUGGCAGCCUCAAGAAGCGCAGCAACUCCACGAGCUGGACAGAGACGGAUUUGGACGCCAACAUGAUGCGGAGCGGCAGUCGCCAGCAGCUCAAUGACUCCUCCUUGAACCUAUCCACUCCCCUGUAUGUGGACACGAACAAUGGCUCCACGAAGCUGAGCGACUAUAACCGAUACAACGGAGGCGGCAGCAGCGAUGCCCUGGAGAUGAGCGGAGUGGACAGCGACGGCUUUCUGGACAGCAAUCCUUUCGCCACCGCCCUGGAGAAGCAGGAGAUCAAGACGGUGAGGAUUGUAAAGCGUGAAUCUGAGCGCAGGCAUCGCGAUCGCAGCGAAAGGGGACUCAGCAGCUCCACGCAGAACCUGGACCAGGUCUUGGAGGAGGAGCAGUAUGCCCAGCAACAGCAGCUUCAACAGCAGCGGGAGCAGCAACAGCUGUAUGCCCAGAGCUUGGAGGAGCAGAUGAGCAAUGGCCACCACAGCCGCUCCAAGUCGCUGCCCCGAAACUACAGCGAGCCUCCCAAGCCGCGGCACAGCCGCCACAUGAACGGUAAGCAGAAUGGCCACCAUUACAACGGUGGCUUCGACUAUGACCGGAAUAGCAACUACGAGCACCAGCCGCCGCCGCCACCGGCUCCCCAGAGCAAUGGCCACCAUCACUCGCAACGAGAGCAAAGGGAGCACCUCAAUCCCCUGGCCAAUGCCUAUUUCGCCAAGCAGCUCCAGCAGCAGGCGAAUCCCUCGCGGGACAGUGCGCGCGUGGCCCUCAGGACCAAGACCGACUCCCUGCAGAGCCUCAACAAGAGCCUCACGGACAUCAGUCCGGAGCCAGUGUUCCAGAGCGUGGCUGCUCGCCAGAUUAUCAACGAAAUGUCCGCCGGUUCGGCAUCGGAGGACACCGAGAGGGUGGUGGAGAAGGUGCCGCCGCCGCACAAGCAUCGCCGAGCGGUUCCCCGCGAGAAGAGACGACACUACACGGCGCCUAACAAUGUGAACCAGAAGGCCAUGGAAAAGGUGCAGGCUGAGAACGAUAUGAAUCGAAAUAACACAAACUGGCGAGCUCGCGAUGAUCUGGACAUGGAGGUGGCUCUGAGGCCGCGGAUGAAUGCUCCUGAUGUGAUUCGUUCUGCCCUGGGACAGGGUGAGAAGAUCUCGGAGAAUACCAUUGACAACUUGCUCUUGGCUCCAAACAAAAUAGUCAUACCCGAGCGUUACAUACCAGAAACAACGCCCGAGCUGUCGCCGGAGGAGAAGAAGCGUCGCCAGGAGAAGGUGGAGUCCAUCAAGAAAAUGCUGUCCGAGGCGCCUCUUAGCAGCAAUGAAAAUGAAAGCCUGCCGCCGAGCAAAAUCAAUGCGGAGAAGAAGCAGCGCGAGCACCUGUUGCAGCUUAAUCAAAUCCUGGCCCAGCAGGUGAUGCAGGUCAGCAAGAUCGUGGCCGGCAAUCCCACUAGUCACAACUAAUCCGCAAGUAGCCAGUCGAGUUGUUUCUGUUCACAUUUUGUGUUUUUAUUUGCAUUGCAUUUGAUUUUCGUUCACGUUGUGUUUUCUGUUUGCAAAUCGAUAAGUGAGAGAGGGUUCGCGAUUCGCAAUUUGAAUUUGAUGUUCGAAAUACGUACUCACAUAUACCAAAAAAUAUGAGCAUACAUAGAACAUAUAUAGAACGUACACCUAAGCAUACGGUAACUGCAGUUAUAACAACAAGAACACACGCGAAGUUCAGAUUUACAGCAUGCUAAAAACUCACUGAAACUCACUCCAAACAAAUUCACAACAAAAAUACUAAAACAAAAAACAAAACAAAAAAAAUAUGAAAAACAAACGACAACAAAGUAUAAACAGCAACGCAAUAGCAACAAGAACAAGUACAACAACAACAAAAUAAGCACAAGAACAACAACAACCAGAACAAGAACAACAACAGAAAUACGAUACCGUAAGUCCAG